GAUUCUGAGGUAUGGGCGCACUGCGCAUCUGCAAACUUUCGUGCUGUCCUUCCCCUACGGGGCUGUUCUGUGAUUUGCGGGAAAUGGGGGUGUCCUAGCAACUAGCCCAGCCAGCAGUUACUGACGAUUCCAAUGCCCCCUUAUAAGAAGCGGCCGGCGAGGAGCGAAAGGGAGUCAGUCUAGCCUCUCCCCGGAGCAGAGGCGCCCUUUCUAAUUGCUGUUGCUGCUCAGCGCCUUGUUUCUGGGCUUCAGUCUUCGCGGAAGCCCGGGAACUCCUCUCCCUAGUUCCCCUUGGUCGCGCCUAUCCAGUUGCCCAUUGGAACUGCCCCUGAGAUUUUCGGACCGUGCCCUGGGAAAGAGUGGGGAGGAGAGAUCCCUCUGCAACCCACAACUCACGUGCCGAAGGAUGCUUGAGUCUAUUCGUGUCACUGAAAAGCUUCACUGGCCAGAGCGAGAGCUCUCCAAGAAGUCCCUCUUGAAGCCUGAAGAACAGAAAUUCCUUUGUAAGAAUGAAACCAGAAGCAUUAAGUCCUGCGUCCUUAAGGACAACUUCACCACAGGGACAAGCAGCUACAAUGUUUUGCUGCAAAGCAAAGAGGAAAAAAAACACCAGAAGCAUUCAUCAGCCCACCACAAGAGACUCCGGAAGUCUACCAAACUUGCUCAUGGCUCACGCAGUGAGCGCCACAAGGUUAAGUUACCACUGCUCAUACCCCAAAAUGGGUGGUGCUGUUUCAAAAGGCAGCCCUCCUUUUUCAUCUCCAGCUCGCUCCGUAAUGGGCUUAAGUUAGCACACAGUAUUUCCGUGACAGGGAGCAGCAUAGGAUUGUCAACUCCGCCCAAGAACAAAUCAAAAAGGCAUUUUUCCUUUAGCCUAGGAAAGCCCAAACAGCUACAGGCAUCUAAAAGCUACUUAAAAGAAGGAGAUGCCACUGGUCGAAAGUUCUGUAUCCUCACUGCCAUCAAGCCUUCCAAUGUGGAGAGGGAGAAGAUAAAGUUCUUCAAAUCAGAUUUUACCUCUAAUCCACAGUUCGAAUAUGCAAGUUCUGCCCUGCCCAGUGUACUUGAAAAGCACAGCCAAGCAUCCAACUUAUUUCUUAAGCAGGCCAUUAGAAUUAUGGAACUCACUUUGCAAAAAUACGGAAGCUAUGAAAAUUUUGAGCAGUCCACUGGAGGAAGCCUGCUGCCCAGGAGUCGCAUCUGGAAUCAUGUCCGAAAGUAUAUGGUGAAAGAAGGCUGCCUGGGCGAGAUUGUGGUUCACCUUUCUGAAGACUUGCUUUCUCGGGCCUCAAUGACUGUGGUGAAUGGCCGUCCAACUCUUACCAUCAAUAUUUCCACUGCAAGGGAACAUUGGCUAGAAGGGAUGCUCAGGCAUGAAAUAGGAACUCAUUAUCUUAGGGGCAUUAACAACAACAGCCAAAUAUGGAACAACUGGAGCGGGCGCCGAAAGCAUGGGUUAAAACCCAUCAACCCCACUGAGGAAGGCCUGGCCAGCAUUCACAGUGUUCUGCUUCGAAAAGAUCCUUUCCUGUGGCGGGCUGCCCUUUUGUACUACACUGUCUACCAAGCCAGCCAAAUGUCCUUCAGUCAGCUCUUUCAGGACAUUGGGAGAUUUGUCACGGACCCCAGUACUAGGUGGGAUUAUUGUGUUCGAGCCAAGAGGGGCUGGACUGAUACUUCACAACCAGGGUGCUUUAGUAAAGAUCAGGUCUACUUGGAUGGCAUCCUGCGAAUUCUGAGAUACCGACACUCUAUUGAUUUCUACUUAUUGACAGCUCUAGGAAAGGUUUCAUAUGAGGAUGUGGAUCGCCUGAAGGAUUUAGGAAUGACUGAAAACAUGAGGGUGCCACAUUUUUUGCAAGACUAUUCUCGGUACAUGGAACAUCUAGAAAAGAUCAUGGAAGUCAAUGAGAUAUCUGACACUGAACUCCAAGCUCUUGUGCCCUAAACCAGCCCAUCUCUCUGUUUCACUUAUAUCAGAGCUGAAACGUAGAAUGACCUAACUCACAGAAGUGGAUUAACUAAACUUAUUUUUGAUGCCUGGCAAAACCCCUAUUUUUUGGACCUGCUUCUCUGUUUUUUAAGACUGAAAAACUCUGGCUACAAAUCUGGAGCUCAUUGCCUUUCAGAGAAAGAAAAAAAAAUCCACUCUGCCCUUUUGAAGUACAUGAAAAAAUAUGUAAACUGACCAGAUUAAAUUAUAGCUGGAAUAUAGACACAUCUUUUAAGAAAGUAUUGCGUAGAUUUGUCAAUAGUACAUUUUCAGAUUCUGUUGUCUUUUGAAUUGUCUCUCUAGAGCAUAAUAUUUAAUAUUUUGGGGCUUAGCUUGUUUGAUUUCUUUAGUCCAUUGAUUUUUGCUGUAUCAAAGGGAUCAAUGCCCUACAGUGUGGUUUGCUAUCACCAGAGUUCCAAUCUGUGCUUUUACUAUUGGAAUUGCAGGGAUGCCCUGAAUGCUUGGAAGCUACUGGAAACCUGGCUACAUCUCGUAUGACUAUGAAUAUAGUCUGUAGUCUUGUGGAUUUUUCCAGAAUAACGUGGUGUGAAGAUUAUGGUGGAAAGUAAA